AUGGAGACUUUGAUGGAUCAAGAGGCCCGAGAUACCGCGCCCAAGGCCUUGGCUCAUCUUGACACUAGCAUAACUCAAUCCAGAAGCUUCCAUUGGCCUGAACGCGGCCCAUUCAAGAACUUGGAGAGCAAGCUCAAGCGGCUAAAGAGAAAUGGAAACUUUCCUCUUCUGCGCGCGCUCAACUUUGCCGACCUAGACCCGCUCUCUACCUAUAUAUACUUGCUUUUAGCCUCUUGUAAUAAGAAUCACCAGCCGCAUAACAAGAAACACUUAUUCAAUAAAGUACUUGGAGAUGAAUCACAACACCAACAUCCACUUUGGGAACCGGACACUGAUCCCACACGAUCUCCACGGCCGGGUUUACCAAGACCCAGCCGUAACAUCGUGCCACAUCCGUUCCCUCCCAACCGCGCUCAUCCGACGUUUGAAGGACCUAGCCGAGACGAGCAUCAUUACCAUCAUCAUCAAAACCGACCUCCGGUUUAUCAUCAACCACCUAGACCAGUGUUGCAUUCACACCACGACCAUGUUCUCAAUAGGCGGAGAGAUAGUCAUUUCGAUGCCGUGCUUGAGGGUUUCAUGGAGAGCCAAAGAAAAACUAGCCGCGACAUUGAAACAAAGCUAGAGUUCACGCGAUACGAACUAGAUGGAAGACUUGGAGAACUCUCUACCCAAAUAGAGAGAGUAGAGUCAAGAUGCUUGGACAUGGAGGAAGAUUUGAAGAAGCAAGGCGAGGCCAUUGAAGACAAUAGGAGAGCGAUACACUUUACCAAAGUUUCCACCAAGGAGAUGGACAAUCACUUAGAUGAGAAGAUCACAAGUCUUGAUAACAACCUCGAUGGCACCACCAAGAGUCUCAAUUCAAUAACAGCAGUAGCUCAUCAAGCUAAGAGGGAGGUAGCCGAAGUAACCCUAAAGGAGAGGCAAUACAAGAGGAGCCAAGAUAUUCAAAGAAGAGCUAGAGGGCUUGAAGACAAAGUAGAUGGAGUCUCCAAGGAAGUCAAGGAUUUAACCACUCGCUUAGCCAACUUGGAAGAGAAGGUCUUGACCGAGGCAAAGACGACCGGUAAGCACAACCAUGCCGCGCCCGUCUUUACUAUAAGAGAGACCGACCCAAGAGUGAUUUGGGAUGAAGAAGAGAGUAGAGCUGAUCAAGAAAGAGCCACAAGGCUAACCACUGGAACAAGAGAGAAGAUAGCACCAAAAGGAAGAACCCUUACUCAAAGGUCUUCACAACCGCCUCCCACCAAGGAGAAGAGGAAGACAAGAUCAUCACUUGAAGAGAUCAUAGAUGAUUUCAACUUUAUGGCAAGGAGAUUCCCUUAUGGUGUGCCGUUUGAUAAUGCUUGCAACAAGAGUCCAUUCAUGCAAGACCUAGCUUGGACACAAGAUUGGAGUCUAGCUGAAUUGGAAAAGAUGUACGAGGAAGCAAGAAAGGGAAUGCCUAAACCUAGGUUUCUACACAAGCUUCAUGACCCAGGUUACUUCCUUAUACAUUUCUCUAUCAAUGGAAGCUACUUUGAUGAUGCUCUUUGCGAUUCCGGUUCUAGUGUGAACCUUAUGCCGGCCGAGAUAGCCAAGAAGUUGGGAUUGAUCAAUUCAAUUGUGAAAUCUCGAAUGGAUUUAAAGCUAGCUGAUUCAUCAUUGACCGAACCACUUGGAGAGGUUAAAGACAUUCAGCUUGAUUUUGGAGGCUGCAUAGUUCCAGCCAACUUCUAUGUAGUAACCAUGAAGGAUCCGGAGGACUUAAAGCUUUUGCUUGGAAGAUCAUUCCUAGCCACAGCUGGAGCGAUCAUGGAUUGGCUGAUAUACCUCUAUUUUACCUACUUUUUAUGCUAUUUUACUAUGGUUUUCUAA